UCAAACCUCCCGAGCCCACGAACGCCUGUUAUAAGUUACUACUUCCAACAUCUCGACACCUCUAAAUCCAGACCCCGGCACUUUUUUGGGGGUAAAUACCUUCCCAUUCAAUCAUUCCCAAAUAUCCAGAACCAAUCGACCCCCAAAUACCUACCCCUGAAAGCGGCAAUCAUCAGACCCAAGAUGCCUCCAGCUCCGGCUUCGGCUCCGGCUCCCCCUCGCCGUCCAAUCCCAGAGGAGCUCAAGAAUGUUUAUCUCAUGAUGGCCAUCCAAGAAGCCCCCGAGUCCACCAUCCGAACCGUUCUUCGAGCUCUCUGCGGAGACGCGGACUACAAAGCACGAAUCAUGACUCUCAUGUUCAACAAGAAGCUUCCACUCAAACCUGAAGCCACCACCACGGCCGCUGAAGCCUCCACUAGCACUUCAGGAUCAAGAAAAAGAAAGGCUCCCAACACGGAGAUCUGCAUCCAAUGUGACGAGCCCUUCGAAGAAGGAGACAAGAGCGUAACGUGCAAGCAUCAUCUGUUCGACAUGGAACUAGACGAGGACGACGAGACUUGGCUCGAGAUGCCCAUUUUUCCAGAGGAGAUAGCGGAAACUCCGUUCUACCGCAAGGAAAACCCACAGGGCUUUGUCUUUCCUUGCUGCGGUACAAAGGGAAGCCGAAGCAGGGUGAAUAGGGGAUGCACGAUGGGGAGACAUCGGGCGGCGGAUGGGAAUAGGACCAAGUAUCCCGGGGAUAUCAAGGAGAGUUCUACCGAGGAGGAGGACGACGACGACGACGAAGAGACGGACAAGGAUAGUGAAUAUCCGGAGGGGCGAGUUGAACGUAACGAGGAGGAUGGGAUUAAGAACGCGGAGGGUUACGGAAAGUAAUGGUCACUCUAGAAAG